ACAAAUAUAGACUACCUGCGUGCAGCAACCUUUCAGUUCAUUUAAGAUCGUUGCUAAUCGAGGAAAAGUACUUUGGCGCGGUGCUCCGAUAUAUUUCACCUAGUUUUAAAAAUUAAAUAAGAAAAAAUUCCAGUUACCUAAGAUAUAAACAUGCCGUUCACACCUGUUGAAACACCUAAAUGCCCAAAAUGUGGCAAAUCCGUAUAUGCCGCUGAAGAGAGAGUAGCUGGUGGUUACAAGUUCCACAAAACCUGCUUCAAAUGCGGAAUGUGCAACAAAGCUUUAGACUCCACGAACUGUACUGAACACGAAAAAGAGCUGUUUUGCAAAAACUGCCAUGCCCGUAAAUAUGGUCCAAAGGGUUAUGGUUUCGGUGGUGGUGCUGGAUGUUUGUCAAUGGAUACUGGAGCACAUUUAAACAGAGAUGACAUUGAUGGUGUACGUAAUGGUGCCCGCUUAGAGCCACGAGUAAUUGCUAAAGCUCCAGAAGGCCAGGGUUGUCCCAGAUGCGGUGGUUACGUAUAUGCGGCCGAGCAAAUGUUAGCACGAGGCAGAGGAUAUCAUAGACGAUGCUUCAAAUGCUUGCUUUGCAACAGAACACUCGAUUCUACAAUGCAUUGCGAUGGCCCUGAUAAAGAUAUAUAUUGCAGAGGGUGUUAUGCUCAGAAGUUUGGCGCCAGGGGUUAUGGUCAUUUAGGAAUUUCUUCUAUGGGACUUAUGUCUGACAUAAGAGACGCCGAGUGGCAAAGCGACUUGGCACCAAAAGUAGCAGAUAUAGAUGUUGGAAAGAUACAAGCACGUGCCGGUGAAGGCUGCCCACGAUGUGGUGGCGUUGUCUUUGCCGCUGAGUUGGUGCUCUCGAAGGGACGCGAAUGGCAUAGGAAGUGUUUCAAAUGCAGAGAUUGCACAAAGACGUUGGAUUCUAUCAUUGCAUGUGACGGACCCGACAAAGAAGUUUACUGUAAGACUUGCUAUGGAAAAAAAUGGGGCCCUCAUGGCUAUGGAUUUGCAUGUGGAUCCAGUUUUCUGCAAACUGAUGGCAUGACUGAAGAACAAAUUUCUGCUCAGCGUCCAUUUGUAUGCCCUGAUACCACGUCAAUCAAAGCACCUGAAGGUGAAGGUUGUCCACGUUGCGGUGGCGCCGUUUUUGCCGCAGAGCAACAACUUUCUAAAGGCCGUAUGUGGCACAAAAAGUGCUACAACUGCACUGAAUGUCAUCGGCCAUUGGACUCGAUGCUUGCUUGUGAUGGGCCAGACAAGGAUAUUUACUGUAAAGCUUGUUACGGAAAACGUUUCGGUCCUAAAGGAUUUGGUUAUGGACACGCACCAACGUUGGUGUCCACUUCCGGUGAAUCCACAAUCCAUUUCCCUGAGGGUAAGCCGUUAACUGGGCCUCGUUCAUCAGGAGGUUGUCCGCGGUGCGGAUAUGCCGUUUUUGCCGCGGAGCAAAUGAUUAGCAAGAGCAGAAUUUGGCACAAGCGUUGCUUCCAUUGCGCUGACUGUAGAAAAUCUCUAGAUUCAACCAAUUUAAAUGAUGGUCCGGACGGUGAUAUUUAUUGUAGAGCAUGCUAUGGUCGCAAUUUCGGACCCAAAGGUGUUGGUUUCGGUCUCGGUGCAGGCACCCUUACCAUGACAUAAAGUACUUUUCCAUAUAUAUUUACAUACACACAUAAAUAAAUACAUAUAUGCAUGCAUAUAUAUAAUAUUAUAA